UGGUGCGGCCUGUGAGGGACCGAGGGAGGCCAUUGCGGCUGGAGCGUCUCCGAGAGCUCGGUCAGGAAUCGAAGCGGCAGAGUGGCUCCCCCGAGGGCUUCCGAGGAGAACCUACUUCAGCACACAGAAAAUGCCUAUAUAAGACCAGAAAAGCAGCUAGCCAGAAAUCCUGUUUUACUAAGAGGCUAUUAGAAAAAGAAAAAGGCUUCUAUCAGGUGGACCGGCAGAGGAGAAGGAGGACUCUCAACACUUCCUUUGCCAGGUCUCUGUGCUGGGCAAGGUGAAAGGACUUGCAUUCCUUGGUAGCCAGAAGAAAACAAGAACUUUAAACCCACCAAUUCUGCAUUGGAGGGCAAGCACAAUCCAUAACCUGCCAAUUUGGAUGUUGCAGCAAACUAUAGCUGGCUUUGACUUGAUAACCAUACCAUGGUUUGCUAUGUGUGAACCAGUUGCAAACGUAUAAUCAUUUGGAAAUAUCUUGAAAACUGCCAAAUCCUGGGAGGAAAACUACAUGACACUACAUCAUGAGCGAGAGUAAAUGUGACAGUCAGUUUUACAGUGUUCAAGUCUCAGACUCGACAUUCACUGUACUAAAACGUUACCAACAAUUGAAACCUAUUGGCUCUGGGGCUCAAGGCAUUGUAUGUGCUGCAUUUGAUACAGUUCUUGGAAUAAAUGUUGCUGUAAAGAAAUUGAGUCGCCCUUUUCAGAACCAAACACAUGCAAAACGAGCUUACAGGGAACUUGUGCUUCUAAAAUGUGUCAAUCACAAAAAUAUAAUUAGUCUAUUAAAUGUAUUCACACCACAGAAGUCACUAGAAGAAUUUCAAGAUGUGUAUUUAGUUAUGGAACUAAUGGAUGCUAACUUGUGCCAAGUAAUUCAUAUGGAGUUGGAUCAUGAAAGAAUGUCCUACCUUUUGUACCAGAUGCUGUGUGGUAUCAAACAUCUCCAUUCAGCUGGUAUCAUCCAUAGAGAUUUAAAACCCAGCAAUAUAGUAGUAAAAUCAGAUUGUACUCUCAAAAUCCUUGACUUUGGACUUGCAAGGACGGCAUGUACUAAUUUCAUGAUGACCCCAUAUGUAGUAACACGAUAUUACAGAGCACCAGAGGUUAUUCUUGGCAUGGGAUACAAAGAGAAUGUGGAUAUCUGGUCUGUUGGGUGCAUAAUGGCAGAAAUGGUCCUCCAUAAGGUCCUGUUUCCAGGAAGAGAUUAUAUUGACCAGUGGAAUAAAGUUAUUGAACAACUAGGUACACCAUCCGCAGAUUUUAUGAAAAAACUGCAGCCUACUGUGCGGAACUAUGUAGAAAAUAGGCCAAAAUAUCCAGGUAUCAAAUUUGAAGAGUUGUUCCCAGACUGGAUAUUUCCAUCGGAAUCUGAUCGGGACAAACUAAAAACCGGUCAAGCUAGAGAUUUACUAUCAAAAAUGCUAGUAGUAGAUCCAGACAAACGAAUUUCGGUAGAUGAAGCUUUGCGUCAUCCAUAUAUCACUGUUUGGUAUGACCCAGCUGAAGCUGAAGCGCCUCCUCCUCAAAUCUACGAUGCACAGUUGGAAGAAAGAGAACAUGCCAUUGAAGAAUGGAAAGAACUAAUAUAUAAAGAAGUAAUGGAUUGGGAAGAAAGGAAUAAGAAUGGUUUGGUAAAAGAACAACCUUCAGAUGCAGCAGUGAAUAGCAACACCAGCCCUUCCCAGUCAUCAUCUAUCAAUGACAUUUCAUCCAUGUCGACAGAACAAACAUUGGCUUCAGACACAGACAGCAGCCUUGAUGCUUUGACAGGAACACUUGAAGGAUGCCGGUGAUCAGCUUUGCAGAUUUAACAUUGGCAAAGAACUUUUGCUUCUGUUGGGCCUGAAAUGCUUGUAAGUUUAUGGAACCAAGUCAAGAAACUCCAUGUUCUGCAUGUUUUUUUUCUAAAGUAAUGCCUGUGAUUUUACUCAGUUGAAAUAAGACUAUCUGCUUAAUAGUGUAAAAUGAAAGCAACUUCAUAUCUCGGGUCGAAACAAAUAUUACUAUACCUAUUCUGUUUUAACCUACAUCAGGUGAGCAGUUAGAGUAACUCAAAACUCUAAUGAGUUCAUGGGCAUUCUGUCAGACAUCUGAAACGUAAUCAAUAUAAAUUUCAAAGAAAAAGAAGAAAGCCAUUGUAAGUGGCGUUGAAUGUAUAUCUUUACAAUUACAUACAUUUGCUAUAUUAGUGUAUUUUGCUGGUAUUUUCAGUACUGUAAAAUAUAGAGGCAGUUGUUUACCUACAUAGCAUUCUUUUCUCGGGGCCUUUUCCUCUCCACCUCCUAAUUUCUGUACUUUUCUAUAGAAGAAGCAAACUUGUGAGUUCUUGCUUCAUCUUUACAUCUGAAUGUAACUCUGCUUCUCUGAAUGUGCUCUUUCAGUGCUUUCAUUUCAAGGGGUAAGGUGGAAUAAGCAAAACGUGCCAUGUGGGAAUUUUUCUUAAUUCUUGCAUGCAUUUAUUCAUUAGUGUGUCUUUUAAAAAUAAGAUUUUGGGGGUCUUUAAAGCAGUUCAUAAAACACUCUUAGAAAUCCUGACCCCUUUUCUCAUACUCUGGCAUUUCCAUGGGAAACUUGAUUAAAAAUGGGGGCAUUCAAAGGGGUUGGAGGCCUACCUUGACCCUUUGAAUAGGCAUUAAAAUAUCUGCUUUUAUGGUCUGUAUAUUAAAAGGGAUCUUUACUCCCUAUGUAUAAAUAACUACAUCUACAUCCAGAAUAAAUAGAAACUUCUAAAAGAAAGUGAAAGGGGCUAUUUUAAACACCAAACCUUAUGAAAAGGACUACAUAAUUGUGUGUCCCCCGCCCUCUUUUUCUGGCAUAUUCCAAAGGCAAACACCAGUUUGACAUGAUUCAGUUUCUUUCUAGCUCUAAAAAAUUGUAAUUCGUCACACCUUGAGCUUGAGUUAAAACUAUUCACCUAGGGUUUAAAAUAAAAAUGUUUAUGUGAAUGUGUAGGUGGGUUGCCAGACUAACACUUUGUAUUAGAUAUGGUGGGAGGAACAAAGUUAUGAGACAAUCCCAGGUGGUGCAACAGGCUUAACUGGCAAGCUCUAAACAAUGCAGAUUUCUGGCUUGGAUGAUGGAUAUCUGUUUGUUCCACUGAAAACCAAAGUCGGACUAUAUAUGCCAUCGUUCUGCUUUGGCACCAGCACUUUAUUAACAUCAAAAUCUGAUGCAAGAUUACUUGGAAAUAUGUCCUAAGGAAUUCAGUGAGGUCUACUCCCAGGUGAGUAAGUAUAGGAUUGCAGCCUAAAUAGAUGUUUGUAGGAUAAGCAGUCUCAGGCAAUGGUCCACAAAUACAUUUUAGAGUAGCUCUAUCAUGUUGCUGCAUUUGCUGCUACAGACUUCUCUUUGAAUUUGCUCUUAGGGUUUUCCAGAUGGGCAUGUAAAUUUAUUGCUAUCUUUUCACUUGAUACUUGCUGCUGAACGUGGGAACUUCCUCCCUUAAAUAUUGUGCUUGAGAUGCGAGAUGGUAUGAAAUAUGUUUGUGGUAGCUAUUUAUUAUGUGCACCUGUCAGCAGCUGAUGAAUUGCUAAGUGAUACAUUUGUGUAUGAGUUGAUUCUUGGAUGAAUGGAUUGCCCCGAUCCAGAGUGCUUAUUCAGGUAUGUCAUUCAUUUCAGUAGAACUUAAUUUCAGGUAUGUUAUUAAAAAUAAAACUUACAUCUUUAAAGAGCCCCUGUGAAACUGUUGGCCAGGAUCCUAAGAACCACAUGCACAUUAUGCCCCCACCCCUUGCAAUGCAUUGGUCGUCAGGGUACCUGACUUUCAGGAGUGAUUUUUCUAAGGUUCAGUCCCAGUGCACAAUUAAAACUACGUGUGUACAAUUAAAACUAGCUACUUCCCUUUGUGGCCUUCAGCCUCCAACCAGCCCCAGAGCUUUAACUCUAGUUGAAGAGAGAGUCGUGUGGAGAGUGGGAGAGAGAAGGGGGAAAGAGGCAUUCAGAGUCUUUUCAGAGGGUGCUUCCCACUUUAUGUGAUUUCACUUAUGCAUGUGGGUGCCCAGAAUAAGCCCUGUGUAAGUGGGGGCAUGCCUGUACUUGUAUAGAAGGAUCCAUAUGGAUGGCACUUAGGACAGGUUGGUGUCCCAAAUUAACACUCAGCAGUGGGGAAAACAGCAGAGGAACAUGAGGGAAGAAAGAGACGAUUAGCAGGGAACAAGUGAAGGAAUAAGUUCUAGACUAAGAGUUCAAGUUGUUUGACAUCUUGGCCGCCCAAUCUUGAUUCAUAAUGUUGUCUGACAUUCUACUGGCUGUGAAUGUUGAAAUGACUUCCUACUAAAUCUCUAUACCCAAAGAUGUAAAGUACACAAAGAAUCCUCCACAGACAAGAAAGAAAUUGACUCCUUUUAAAAAAGUAUCAAUGCAGAACUAUGGCAUUAUUAUCUGCAGGGUGAGAGAUGUAGCCUUCCUCCCAUUGGGUUUGAUACAACUCAAUGUAUUUAACAAAAAGUUGAAUAAGGAGGUGUUGCAGAGCAACUCUGACUUGCUUAAAGUAGCAUUUUUAUUAAGCUAUUCUUUGAAGAGAGUCUAAAUUAUCGAUUAUACUUACAAACAGAAAAAUAGAAAUCUAUGUUUUAACUAAGAAUGUAUGCUUCAAUGUGUGCUUAAUAAAAAAGAGGUUUCCCAUUCAUAUGCAGAUUUAUCCCAGUAUAACUUAAGUGAUGACAAACUAGUCCUAAAAAUUAAUAUCACUGUAAAUAGUAUUAAUGUAUGUUAGUUUUAUAGGAUUUAAAUCUUUCAAAAUGUACAUUGUACUUCCAGAACCACUAUGAAAAUAUUUUCAUAAAUGUUUGUAAAUGUGCGGCAUUCAAGGAUUGUGUAUGUAUACUUUGUAUAAAGUAUCUAGUAAUUGGAGCAUUCUUUUCUGAAUGUGCUGUACUGCAACAGAGACUGGUCUCUGUUUCAUGCUUCAGCGUUACUUUAGAAUUAUCACACGAAGUUUUCGCAGGUGGGGAAGGGGUGGGUGGGGCAGAAAUACACAAGGACUCUAGUGAGUUGUGUGAAGGGACACUGGAGCUAUUAGAGCAACCAGAGGCUUGUGCUUCAACAGUGUGAGGCGCAACUAGUUCAGAUCACAGGAAUUCAGUUGUCCUGAUUUGGUUGGGACAGCUUGUUUUCUGGAGUCUGCCCUGCCAAAAUGUCUAGCCAUCAACCUUGCAGUUUUUAAAGAAGCAGUCCUGGGUUGAGCUGUUCUUGAAUGCUAAGUGUGUGGAGGGGGGAGACUGCCGUUGUUCAGUGGUGACAGAAAGGCACUCUGCGCAUGCUAAGAAAUACUUUUAAUAUUGUAUUCUAAGACUCAUCUCUAAUA